AAAUGGAUAAAUAGGAUGGGGUGGAAGGACAAAGAAUUGCAUUAACUGGAAGAUGUCAAGAGCAAUAAUAACCAAAUCUUGAGCUUGGAUGCCAUUCCAAAUACUCCUUGGAUUCCAUUUUCAUCUCUCUCUCUCUCUCUCUAAAAAAAGAAGCUACUACUACUAUAUCCAUAUACCAUAUUGAUUCAUCACAUGCAACAGAAACAGAAACAGAAACAGAAACAAGAACAGAGAGCUAAUUAGCUUUACCUCCAUUCCAUCAAUGUGAAUGCCGAAUGGGGUACCUCUCCUGCAAAACCGACUCCUCCAUCUCCACCUCCACCUCCGACCCCUUCCAAAUCCAAGAAUUCACCUACAAAGACCUCCAAUUAGCCACCGCCAACUUCUCCGACUCCAAGCUCCUCGGCCGCGGCAGCCACGGCCUCGUCUACAAGGCCGUCCUCCGCUCCGGCCGCCUCGUCGCCGUCAAGAAGCCCUCCUCCAACGACCUCGACAAUGAGAUCGACAUCCUCUCCUCCCUCCACAGCCCCUCCCUCGUCAACCUCCUCGGCUUCUCCACCAAUUCCCACGGCCGCCGCCUCCUCGUCGUCGAAUUCAUGAGCAACGGCACUCUCUUCGACGUCCUCCACACCAACCCCCGCCCCCCUACCUGGCCCCGCCGCCUCCGAUUGGCUCUCCAGACCGCCCGAGCCGUCGAAACCCUCCACUCCUCCUCCCCUCCCGUCAUCCACCGCGACAUCAAAUCCGCCAACGUCUUAAUCGAUCGGAAUCUCAACGCUAGGCUAGGCGAUUUCGGCCUCGCCUUGCGCUGCGUCGACGAUUUCCGCCUCCGAUCGACUCCCCCCGCGGGGACCAUGGGCUAUCUGGACCCCUGCUACGUCACGCCGGAGAAUCUAAGCACGAAGACCGACGUAUUCAGCUUCGGAAUCCUGCUGCUGGAGAUAAUCAGCGGGAGGAAGGCUCUGGAUAUGGCGAAUUCGCCGCCGUCGGUGGUGGAUUGGGCGAUUCCGCUGAUUAGGAAGGGGAAAUUCAUGAGCGUGUACGAUCCUAGGGUUCCGGCGCCCAGGGAUGCGAGGGUGAGGAAGAUGGUGGCGGUGGUGGCGGCGAAAUGCGUGAGGCCGUGCAGGGAGAGGAGGCCGUCGAUGAAGGAGGUGGCGAGGUGUUUGGGUGAGCUGAGCAAGCUCAAUUCUUGGAAUGGAUUAUCGAAUCCUUGCAUCAUGGGGGAGGAUGUGGGAAUCGUUGGAACGCCAUUGAAGAAUCAGCAGCUGGAGUUGGGGGUUCGAAGCAAUUUGAUGGAAUUGAUGGCUAGCCCUAAAUCUCAAAUUAGGGCUAAAACUACAAGGCUCCCAAAUCUUAGAUUUUAAUUUGGGAUAUUUGUUAAACAUUGUGAUUAAGCAGCUCCAAAGUGUUUAGUUCAUUGUUUAACGUAAACCACGAAAUUUGUUCCAAUUCAAUAACCCUCUAAUUUUGGGUACAAUUCUUUCA